UUCAACCGCACCACCCUCGCCGACAUCCUCGCCGCCAAGCACCGGACGCACACCUACUGGGGAUCCAACCACUGGUGCGACGCGUCCGAGCCCGUCGCCGUCGCCGUUCGUCGCAUGAACUCGCAAGACGUGGGCGCGUUGCUCGUGAUGGACCGAUCGGCGUCGCCGCAGACGGGCGCGAUGCGAGGGAUCGUCACCGAGCGCGAUUACCUCCGCGCGGUGGCGCGCGGCGCGGUAAGCCCCGGCACCGCCGUCGGCGACAUCAUGACCGAUUUCGCGACGGACAACGGCGCGGGGCUCAUAAGCGCCUCGCCCGAUACGUCCGUGCUCGCGGCGAUGGAGAUCAUGACCGAGGCGCGGAUCCGGCACAUCCCGUGCAUCGCGCCACCGUCCAGGGACGGCGCGACGGGCGCGGUGAUGGAGGGCAUGGUGUGCAUCGGCGACGUCGUCAAGGCGCUGCUCGCGGAGGAGCGGGAGGAGGUUCAGAUCUGCCGCGACUUCAUCAACGGGGUGUACGAUUGA